GCGGCUUUUCAGAAGUCGCGUUAUUAAAAGGUGUUGAAUUUCAAUUUUGUCACAUGUUACAUCGUUUUUCAUUCACAAUACCAUGCCUUUCCUUCUUUGCUGGUGCGCGUGUCGCAUCUGCGUUGUACAAAUUUUUCGAGUACGGAUCCUCACUAAUUCAAGAACAUCUCUGUGACCUAGGGAAUUCUGCUCUUCUAACUCGGGAGAUACUACCUACCAAAAAACCAAAAAACACAAAAAAAGCACGGCCUCUCAUAUGUCUAUCUUGCUUUCGCACUAAUCAACUAGCUACUCUAUCUCUAAUAUCUCUAACAAGCUCUUGUCUACUAUCACUCUCAGCACUUCUUGUUUUGCAUACUUUGAACGAGCACUACAUGUACGUAUUCAGCGGUAUCCUAUCAGCUCUACUUGUUGCAAAAAUCAUUCGCGAAAAGUUGAUUAUAGUGCCAGGAAGAUCUUCUGUGAAAAACCAUUGAAAUUAUCCGAUUGAUUUUGCCAUUGUCACAGCACGCAUUUUUUUAAAGGUUCGAAGACGAAAAAUUCCAAAGCCAUAAUUACUUUGAUUGGAACUUCUACUAGCGCUGUACUUUUUACCGUUUCCACGCAAAAUUUCCAAUAGUAGUUGUAGUUUUCAACCUUUUAUUCCAAGUGGACAUUUUUUCGUUUCUGCUCUCUGCUCUAACCACUGUAGUGACAAUGGUAAUUUUCACAUCGCUAAAAAGCAGCAGCACCAAAACUUUGUGCAUGUUUACUGCAGUAGGAAAUGGACCGGGAGGAGAAACUGUUUUCUGCUUUUCACAACAACUAUUUCAAUGG